ACAUCAGGAUUUAUAUACUCCAGAAACAUGGAUGACCCAAAAAACAUGACGUCAUCUUCCAACCAGACCUGUGAUGUUGUCGACACAUCAGCCAAACAUUUCUUCAUCCUGGCCUACAGUCUGGUGUUUCUGGCGGGUUUAUUCCUCAACGGCUUCAUCAUGAAGUUUUACUUUGAUGGAGCUCGGCAGCAUGCGCCGAGCAGCUUGAUGGUCUACCUGAAGAACCUGACAGCUGCUGACUUCCUGCUCUGCCUCUCUCUGCCACUCCGCAUCACCCACUAUGUCAGCAGCUCCGUCAUCAUUCAGACGCUCUACUGUAGUUUUGGAGCUUCUGCCUUCUUCCUCAACAUGUAUGCCAGCAUCAUCUUCAUGGGGUACAUCGCUGCCAACAGGUAUCUGAAGAUCCUCCAUCGUUCAGGAACUCACAUCCUGCAGACGGUACGAGCUGCCCACAUCAUCUCCGUGGUUACCUGGGUUUUUCUCCUGGCUCCAACAGUUGCUUACACCAUCCUGUUUUUCAUCACCCAGGAGCCUCUGACCCCUAGUCCCAGCCACUGUGGGCUCCUCUUUAGUGCAUCGGUCAUCAUUUUCUUCAAAAUCAUCCACACCAGCUGCACCAUCAUCUUCCUGUUGGUCCUCGUACCCCUGAUCUUCUUCUACCACAGCACCUCCCGCAGGGUGUUACUGGCACAGCAGAGACAGCUGGCCUCCUCUGGCUCUGAGCGGCUCGUGAAGUCUCGCAGGAACAUGUCGCUGCUGGUCAGCGUCUUCUGUGUUUGUUUUGUCCCCUAUCACCUGGUUCGGCUUCCUUCCGCCUUUCUGUGGACGAGCUGCUCUGUGGGUCAGGUGUGGUACUACCUGAAGGAGGUGGCCACUGUGGUGUCAGUGUUCAAUGUCUGCCUGGACCCUCUGGUUUACUUUUUCCUCUGUAAGACUUUUCGGGCCCAGGUGAGUCUGAAGAUGUGGCCCAGGAGGACCAACAGCCAACAAAGUGAGAUGGAGAGCAGCAAGAAGCAGCAGAACGCUGUUACAGCAACGAGUCAGACCAGCGAGCUGUAAGGAAAGGUUCCACCAGUGAAAUCAGAGAUCAAUACGAGGCUGAAGUCAGCACAAACACACUCCCACAGAC